AUGGAGUAUUUGCUCCCAACGCUGAGAGAGAAGAAAGGGGUCGACAAUCUCAUCAGAGACACCUUGGACAAAGUCCUCGUCCUUCGGUUUGGCCGCUCCUCCGACGCCGUCUGCCUCCAGCUCGACGACGUUCUGUACAAAUCAGCGAGGGACGUCUCCAGAUUCGCGGCGGUGGCGCUGGUGGAUGUCGACUCGGAGGAGAUUCAAGUCUACGUCAAGUAUUUCGACAUCUCGUUCAUCCCCUCCACCGUUUUCUUCUUCAAUGCUCACCACAUGAAGAUGGACUCAGGAAGUGCAGACCACACUAAGUGGGUCGGUAUAUUUCAGACGAAACAGGACUUCAUUGAUGUUGUAGAGGCAAUAUACAGAGGAGCCAUGAAAGGCAAGCUGAUCGUAAGUUGUCCACUGCCCCCAGAGCGUAUACCGAAGUUUCAGUUGCUGUAUAAAGAUGUAUAA